AUGGCUUUAUGUGGCGGCCGCAACAAGCAGAACGACGCCGGCGAGUUCGUGGACCUGUACGUGCCGCGGAAAUGCUCCGCCAGCAACCGCAUCAUCGGCGCUAAGGACCACGCGUCCAUCCAGAUGAACGUGGCCGAGGUUGACAAGGUUACAGGCAGGUUCAACAGCCAGUUUAAGACCUACGCCAUCUGCGGGGCCAUCCGGCGCAUGGGUGAGUCUGAUGAUUCCAUUCUCCGACUGGCCAAGUCAGACGGCAUCGUGUCCAAGAACUUCUGA